AUGAUCGUCGCCGCGGCGGCGGGAUCCUCCAACGCGGUGGACACCCUGAUCAACAGGUCCUUCUUCCUCCUCCUCUUCGGCGGCAACGACGUGUUCGCAUUCGCGAACGCGGAGCAGGCGCGCAACAGGUCCGGCGCCGCCGACCUGCAGAGCGACGCCGCCGCCUUCUACGGCAGCCUCGUCUCCAACUACUCGGCCGCCAUCAGGGGCCUGUACGCGCUGGGCGCGCGGAGGCUCGCCAUCGUCAACGUGGGGCUCGCCGGAUGCCUGCCGGUAGCGCGGGUGCUGGACGCCACGGGCGCGUGCGCGGAGGACCGGAACCGGCUCGCCGCUGGCUUCAACGCCGCGCUGCGGUCCCUGCUCGACGACCUCGCCUCCUCUUCCUCCGGUCUGCCCGGCCUCGCCUACUCCCUGGCCGACUCGCUGGGCCUCAUGGCGGACACCUUCGCUGACCCGCUGGCGUCGGGGUUCACGGACGUCGCCGACGCGUGCUGCGGCGGCGGCCGGCUCGGCGCGGAGGCGGCCUGCACGCCCAACGCCACGCUCUGUGCAGACCGCGGGCAGUACUACUUCUGGGACAACAUCCACCCUACCGAGCGGGCCGCGGCGCUCAGAGCCCAGGCAUUCUAUGACGGCCCGGCCCAGUACACUACGCCCAUCAACUUCAAGCAGUUGGUCCACAUGAGCUGA